GCAGAGCCAACAUCUCCAAUAUUUUAUCAGUCCGAAAAUCUCCCGCGCGAUAGUUUUGAUGAAAAGUUGCUAACUGUUGACAAGGAGCCCAAUUGAUCCUGAGGCUCUCCCGAAUAGAAUUUUUAUUUGACAAAUGUGGAUGAGUUUUAGAUAAAAUUCUUGAUGCGGUGACAAGCAAUCCUUAUUUUGAACGUAAUGCCAUGUUUAAAACAUGGUUUGUAUGGUUGGCAUGGCGGCCUACUGUAUAUGAAUCACGAAACCGAUGGAAGCGAAAAAUCUAAGGUGAAAAUCGCCAGCUUGUCAACCAUCUAAUUCACCAGUUUGCGGCAUAUCUCUAUAGAACUUUUCUUACGUCCUAUUUACACUCAUUAUACUGCAAUAUUAUCUUGCUUGAUAUUUCAAAUACUCUUAGAACGGAAUGGGAAGAGAGACAGUUAUCGGGCUCGUGGGAAAACCAUCGAGCGGAAAGUCGACCACUUUGAACGCCCUCACGGAUGCCAAUGCCAAGGUGGGAUCAUUUCCGUUCACCACUAUUGACCCAAAUAAAGCAACUGGAUACAUGGAAAUGGACUGCGCGUGCAAGAGAUUCGGCAAGGAGCUGUUAUGCAAACCUAAUUACGGAUACUGCAGAAACGGCACCCGAGGAGUCCCUGUAAUGCUUCUUGACGUGGCUGGAUUGGUCCCCAAUGCUCAUUUGGGCCGCGGUUUGGGCAAUAAGUUUCUUAGUGAUCUUACAGAAGCAGACUGCUUAAUUCACAUUGUUGAUGUAAGCGGCACGACGGACGCGGAGGGCAAAGAAACCAGAGGAUACGAUCCAUUGCAAGACAUCGAGUGGCUUCAAGACGAGAUCUUCCGUUGGAUUUUGGGCAAUUUGACAGAGAAAUGGGGAUCUGUAGUGAGACGCCAUACCUCUACCAAGUCUUCGACUCUAGAGACUUUGAGAGCUCAGCUUGGUGGAUACUAUGCCAACAAGCAACUCAUUGGCAAAGCUCUAGAUCAAAUUCCCAACUUGCCUCCUCUCCAAGAAUGGGACUCAGAAAUGGUGGAGACUGUGGUGAAGGCUUUUAUGAGCGUCAAGUUCCCGACAAUAUUGGCCCUCAACAAGAUGGAUCAUCCUGACUCGGACAAAAAUGUCUCGAAAAUUAUGUUGAAGCAUCCUGAUACAAAGUGCGUCUUGGUAUCUUCGUUGACCGAGGUGUUGCUACGGAAACUCGCUGCGCAAAACUUCAUUAAAUACGAGCUGGGCACUGAAUUUGUCGAUACUGCCGAAGACCUCCCUGAUGCUGGGCUCCGAGAGCUAGACGAGAAGCUUGCAAACAGAAUUGAGAACAUCAAGGAUUUGGUUCUCUACAGGUUUGGAUCCACGGGUGUGUCACAACUACUACAAACAGCUGCCGAGGUCUUGAACCUUGUGCCUGUAUAUCCAGUGCGGAAUAUUAAUACAUUUGGUGGAAGCACGGGACCUAAUGUUUUUAGAGAUUGCGUUUUGGUUAAGAGAGGCACGCCAGUCAUCCAGGUAGCGCGAAAGAUCAUGGGUGAUGUCACCAUUGCGGCCAUCGAAGGUGUAGGUGGAACAAGGGUCGGAGAGGAGGAUACAGUCGAGAUUGGGAAGAAUGACAUUUUGUCUUUCCGUCUAGUCCCCGGUGGUCAUUGAUCUGGUAAUAUAGUGAGAGGAGAUAUGAAUAGAACUAUGGUUCCCAAGGUAUGUUUGGCGAAUUCUUUGUACUUAGGAGCCUGUUCUCUGUGUGAAAAGAUUUCCAAUGAAACGAUUUACACUGAACAUCAGUGGUUCGGAGAGCCAAGACCCACAGGUGAUAUUUGGAGACCAUGUGAGCGAAGUGUCACAUACAUUAAUACAAAUGCCACAGAGCUGCCAAUUCCAUGUUUUGACAAAAUUUCUACUAUGUUUUGUCGAAAGGCCCUGAGCACGUGUCUGGCAAACUGGGGGAAAACUAACACGAAUAACGCUUCGCUGCUUGUAAGGCUUCGCACGCACGGCUAUUAAUUGACUCAAUGGCCGAGCCGGACAUAACAUAAUAUAUGCAAGCACACGGCUUUUUACGCGUCUAUUCUUGAUCCAGGUCCUUCUUCCCUUCUUCCGAAAAAU